CAGAUGACACUGUCGACACUCGAAUACCUAAUAAAUUCAACAUAAAAAACAUUUUAAAAUAUCUUAGUGUAUAACAAUGUGAAUAUAUUUGAGUGAUGUCUUUAAAUAUUCUUUAUUAACAAAAAUAAAUCAAUUAUAUACACAGACAAACAGUGGUGAUAGUUUAAUGAACUUUCCUAAAUGAAGACCCACCGCAAAUCUUCAGUAGGCAUCAUGAGGAAAUAUUAUCAAUUAAUACUCAUCGUCGUUUGUUUUUUAAGUAUUGUGACGCUUUUAAUGUACCGACAUGAAUACUACAAAUUACGCUAUGUUCUCGAAGUACUUAAUAUUUUUGGAAAACCAGGUCUUUCGGAGAUUGAAUUCUGCGGGCCCGGCUUCAAUGCGACAAUGUUAUCCGAGAUUUUAAGGAAUUCUUCUCUGGAAGUUAAAGAAACACCGCCUUUAUUUCAAGAAAUUAAUGAAGAUUUUUAUUCCUAUUCAUCGUUUCUGCGUUCAUAUCAAAAAUACGAAGACCUAUCGCCAAAAUAUGCGCACGUUAUUAACACUAUCGUCAUUGGUAAAGCGCAUGUUAUCCCCAAUUUUCGAUGCUAUAUUUGGCAUGACAAUGUACCAAAACCAAAAUCUGGUAGAUUUAACUACAAAAUUUCAUCUGAGCCUAUAAAUAAUUUCAGACUCUAUGUCUUUGAAUGUUCUAUGAACAAAGACUUUGGGAGACCAAAUGGAGUUAGUUUUUUCAUAAAUGAUUAUAAUAUCAAUCCCUUGCAUGCUCCGAUUAAUAGAUUAAUUCAAGUAAAUACCAAGAGAAAAGUGCAACAGAGAAGUAAUAUUAGAUUUGUCAAUACUGUUAUACCAGCAGUAUGUGUUAUUCCUAAUCAAAUUCCUAUGGUAUCACGAGAUGCUUUCAUUGACUUUUUAGUAUUACACCACUUGGUUGGUGUAGACUACUUCACAAUUUAUGACAGUAUGAUUUCUGAAGAUGUUAUAAGAAGACUUAAUUUAUUCCCAGCUGAUAUAACUCAGUGGAAUAUCCAAUUUUAUCCCUUAAACUAUCCCUUUAUAUUUUCCAAAUCAUACCAAAUUGUAAGAAAUGCUAUAGAGUUAGAUUGUAUAUUCCGCCAUUUUCAAUUUGACAAAGAAGAAGCAAAUAAAGUAAGUCAUGUAACUGUGUUAGCUUGGGAUGAAUUUCUUGUACCUAGAGUUCAUGAUUCUAUACAAGCAUUAUUAAGAGAUUUUGACCCUAUGUUAACAUUUCGAACAUCUUUGGUAAAUACUUUAAUAUUUUGUUUGAACCAAAAUGAUGAUGAUAAUGCAGAUAUUGGGUAUCCUGACAUCAUGAAAAAAACACAUUAUUAUUCUGUGCCACAAGAGAAACAACCAAUAGAAAUUCACAAUUUAGAUACAAUGAUAUCUUUUGAUGAUAUAUUCAAUUUAACAUCCAACAUCAAAUCAAUUUCUUUAGAUAUGUUGGGUGUACAUAAAUACACUAUAUGUGGCAAUCCAAAAAAGUUUGAAAUAGAUGGAUAUAAUGAAACAGAAAUGCAGGUCUUUCAACACAAAUUUGAGGGUGCCAUGUUAAAGUUUGGUGACAGAAUUAUCAGUGAUAAGAUAUACAGGUUGUACAGAUCAGGACAGAUUUGGGAGAAAAAUCACCAUGGAAAUGUUAGAGAUAUGCUGUGAACAGAGAUGUGGUAAGAAUGCAAAGGGGAAAUUAUUAAGCACAUUGUCCAAUAUUAAAUUAAUUUAGUAAGGGCAUGUGUUUCUUUAAAUAUAAUAUACACAACUUAUGUAGUAUGGUCAAGGUUGGAUGAAUUAGUUCUGUAUAUAAAACAUGUUUCUUGUUGGCAAGUACUACAGAUGUCCACUAUUGACUAUUAAUUAUUAUGCUUAAAAUAUACAAUCACUAUAUUAGCUUUAUACAUAAGUAUAGCACAUAGAUAGCAUUAACUUGUUGCCUUUUAUCUUAUUGAUCUAGUUAUUUCAUUAUUAAAGACCAAUUUAUAGCAAAUAGCUAAAUUUAGAACUCCUCUACAAUAAAAUGAAUGUGCCUGUGAGUGCUGAGCACUAUUUUUUACAUUCAUCACUACCUGUAAAGGUAUAUUUAUUGUAUUUAAAUGAACAUUAUUUUAAAUUUAGAAAAAUGAAUAUAAUUUAUCUACGACUACAAAGAUAAGAUAUGUUUUUUGAGUUUAUGAACUUUCCACUUAUCCCAUGAUUAGAAUGUGCCUUUAAAAAUGGGUAUUAGUUAUAAACAGAAUAGGUAUAUUAAAAUUGCAAGUACAUAAUGAGCUACUGAUACUGCUUCAAUUACCUAAUUUGAAUUAGGUGUUGGUGAUUUCAAAGUUUCUAUUCUUUAUUAGGUCAAAAUGGCACCCAGCAAGUAUGAGUCAUACUUAGCACUAAGUCUCGACUCAGAAUCUUACCCUAAGCUGCUAAUAAAAACAUCUCACACCCAUUACUUACGCACGAUAAAAAAUACUGAUAAUUAUUUGUCCUAAGGUGAGAUUUAGAAAUGAGACUUAGCGGGAGUGCAUAUUUGCAUUUUGAGACACUUGAAGUCGAACUUGGGCUUCGUCUACGUCAUGUGGUCUAAAUCGGCUACUUUACGAGACCAAGCCGCAAAUCUGACGCUACAAAUCUUAUGAUCGUGUAAUUAAAAAUAAACACAGACAAUGGUGAAUUAUGUAAUAUUUAACAAAUUACAAAAACUAAAAUCAAAAUGUAUUUAUUCCUAUGUAAAUGAAUGUCAAUAUUUUAAAAAAGAACUAAAUUUACGUAAUGUUUCCAAAUCCAGAGCGUAGAACUGGAAAGAUAAUUUCAAGGAAAUUGUAAUUUCCUCAUGCUUCACUUUAAAUUAUUAUUUUCUUACAGUUCUUAACUCUUAAAUUGAUGUUUCUUGCAGUUUCACGUCACAUGUGAUAUUAAUGUGACAUUAGUAUAGUUGCCCUGUAACCAAAAACAAUAGCAGCCACACAUCGGGAAGUUUGUUGUUCAACCCGUUAUCACAUGCUGUUGCUUGAUUUUUGAACACCAUUAUAAUUACCUACAUAGUCAUCUAGCCCUAAUGAAUUGUUGCUCUAUAUAAGCUAUUACAAUAAACUGUUUUGUAUUUAAA